AUGUUUUGCAUAGGGAAAUAUGGGAAUAAUAUCUUCUUCCAGAUAGUCUCAAGAUCACCUAAUCUCCAGCUAAUGGUUCAAAAAGUAUUUCAGAGUAACAAAAAUCAGCAGAUGCCUAUCUUUCAAAGUGACGAAGAUGCAAUAUACCAACUAGAACAGUUUUUCCUGAGGCAAAUAGGACCAGCUCCCAAGCUAUUAGUCCUGGACGACGUCUGGUCAGGAUCCGAAUCACUCAUUCAGCAGUUCCUUCUUCCAAUAAGUGGAUAUAAAAUUUUGGUUACAUCGAGAUUUGUGUUUCCACGAUUUGAAUGGACUUAUAAAUUGAAUAUAUUGAAUCAUCAAGAUGCGAUGACCCUGUUUCAUCAUUAUGCCUUUAAAGAUGGGGUCCGUACUGUGCAAAAACAUCUUGUAGAAGAGGUUGUCAGAGGUUGCUCAGGAUAUCCAUUAGCCCUCACAGUUGUUGGCAGGUCACUCUAUAGGCAGCCUGAGGUGAACUGGAUUAACACAGUUCAAAAUUGGUCCCAAGGGCAAUCCAUUUAUGACACCGACAUGGUUUUGCUUAGUCGUCUAAAAACCAGCUUAGAUGCCUUGGAUGGAAUGACAGUCCUCAAGAAUUGUUUCUUGGAUCUAGGUUUAUUUCCUGAAGAUCAAAGGAUCCAUGCUGCAGCUCUUAUGGAUAUGUGGGCGGAACUGUACAACCUGGACGAAAGUGGCAUGUACACCCUUAUCUAUCUCCAUGAACUCUCAAACAGAAAUCUGGUUGAUCUUACUCUUGUAAGAAAAGAUGAUCAGGAUGAUAUUGACUACUGCAAAGAGCAUUUUGUAAUGCAACAUGAUCUUCUGAGGGAGAUGGCUAUCCACCAAAGUAAACAAGGUUCCAUAGAAGAGAGAGAGAGAUUAAUUGUGGAAAUAAAUGGGAAUGCCUUUCCCAAGUGGCUAACUGAUCAAAAGCAGCAACCCAUCAAUGCCCGCAUUUUAUCAAUCACUACAGGGAUCAAUCCAACUUGGGAUUCUAGCCUUACUAAUUCAAAGGUGAAUGGGAAUGCAGUAGUUGCUUAUGAGGCACUGCCUAGUUUUAAAGAUGUUGCUAAUUCCGAGAAGCAAAACUUGUUUAUCAAAAAGCUGAAUUUGGGCUGUGUGGUAUUUGACUUCACUGACCCGACGAAGAAUGUGAACGAAAAAGACAUCAAGAAACAGACAUUGGUGGAGCUUGUUGAUUACAUUACUUCUGCAAAUGGAAAAUUCACAGAAACUAUUAUGCAAGAAAUUGUGAGAAUGGUAUCCAUAAGUUUGUUCUGGGCACUCUCUGCUCAAUCAUGGUAG